CCUGACAAAAGGUAACAGGUUGCAGUCGGACACAUGAACUUGUCUCAGUUUGUCGCUUUGAGUCCGUUUUUCUCUCCGGACUUUUAACGAAUGUGUGAAAACACUUCGAACCAUCGUCGAACGUGAGAAGACGACGUGUCCGAGAGAAGCGGAGCAGUCACUUUGGAGAAUAAGCAUGAGCACACCAUCCUCUGGACGGAAGACCCCUGUUGACUAUGGCGUGCAGAUCCGCUUCAUCAAUGACCUCUGUGACGCCGGCGGCGGACAGCCUGGGCCCCAGCCCAAGACCAAGACUCAGUCCUCCUCCAAAUACGGUGUGGCAGUCAGGGUGCAGGGUAUCGCUGGGCAGCCGUAUGUGGUCCUGAAGGAUGGAGAGAAAGGAGACUCAUAUGGGGUCCAGCUCAAGACCCAGCCUCCACCUGGCUACAGUAGCCUUCCAAGGCGGAGAGAGAAAGCUGAGCCGGGAACACAGGGGGCAUAUGUAGGAGGAGGAAGCGGAGAAGGGCAAGGAGGGGCACUACGCAGGGCCCAGUCCCAUGGGUCACUGUUGGACAGGGAUGGAGAGGGAGGGGCGGGCAUUGAGGAUUUCCAGAUGUCGAGGCCACCAGGGGAUGGGAAGUCUGGUAGUUAUGGGAACCUGGAUGGAGGUUUAGGAGUAAGAGGAGAGAGAGAGCAGCCUCGGCAUAUCAGUGGUAGAGGUGGGGCCAUGGAAAGGAAUAAAUGGGGUGGUUCUUAUCAGACAGGACUCAACGGGUCUUUAGGGUCAGUGAGGGGCAGUCAGACCUACCCCGACCCUCCUCAUCAAACAAAUGAUUUUCAGUCUAAUCAGAGACAAACUGCUGUAAACAGACCAGUAAACAGGUUUGAUGGCGUUAACAGAGGGGACCAGCAGAGAGGCCUCCUUCCUCCACAACAAGAUCCUAGGGCCACAUCACCUCUUCUCAGCCCCUACCCCUACACCUCACCACCGUCCUCCACUCACAGCAGCUUGGGACGCAGCCAGCACGCUGUCACCAGUUUUCCUGGACACUCUGCAAAUCAGUGGCCUUCACCAGGGAGAGAAGUCGCUGUUGCAACACCGCAGGCCAGCCUCACUGAGACACAGGGUCAGAGUGCAGAGAUGAGCCGUGAGGAGGAGCAGGUGAUGCAGACCAUAUACAACAUCCUAAGACAAGGAACUAAAGAGAGUGAUGUUGUGAUCAGGCACAAAGUCAAGCUCAUUGCUCAGAAGAUUCAGAAUAUAAAGUCUAACGAAUCCCAGAGGGAAGAGUGGAUGCGAGAAAAGAAGGAGCUUGAGAGAAAGACUGUUGAUCUACAAACUGCCCUGCAGGAGGUAAAGAGGGACUCUGAUCCUGCUCUGAAAGCUGAGCUGGAGUCCUGUCUGGAUGAAAACUUGCAGCUGCAGGAGAUGCUGGACCGAAAGAAGACAGAACUAAAUGAAACACAAUCAGAGCUGACUCAGCUCAGGAUGGAUAGGGAGAAUGCAGAGGCUCGAGUCAGAGAGAUGGAGGACCAGCUGGCUGAGCUUCAGGACGAACUGAGAAGAGAUAACAGCAACAAGACGGACCUGAUGUCUUGUCAGGCACAGCUGAUGGAUGUCUGCCAGCUGAAACACAAGCUGGAGGAGACACUGAGACAGAGAGAGAGGGAGCUCACAGCUCUGAAAGGAGCGCUAAAGGAAGAGGUGGCCACACAUGACAAAGAGAUAGAGGCCCUCCGAGAGCAGUACAGUGCGGACAUGGAGAAGCUUCGCAGCAGCAUGGAGCAGGUGUCUCAGUCUCAUGCAGGAAUCGAAUCUGAGCGUUUGCGUGUAAAUGCAUCAGUUCGCUCUCUACAGCAGCAGUUGGAGGACUGUCGAGACGAGAGCGGCCACUGGAUGGAGCAGUUUCACUCCACCAGAGAUGAACUUCGAACAACUAAACAAGAACUCCUGCAAUCUCGUCUGGAAAAAGAAGAGUUUGAGGAGGAACUGAAGGAGCUCCAGGAGAAAGUGAGCACCAUGAAACAACAGAUACCAGACCCCACGCACACCCACACUCUAAACCAGGAGCUCCAGCAAUGUAAUGCUGAUCUGCAGAAGGCAAAGACUGAGGUGGAGAAACACAGGACGGACUUUGACAGGAAGGUUAUGGAGGUGAUCUCCAUAAAGAAAUCUCACCAGAACCAAGAGGCAGAGAUGAAGUAUGAGAUUGACCGGCUCAAGGGCCAAUUGCAGAGGGCUAAAGAUGACUUUGCCAAGGCACAGGAGAAAAAUAAGCGGCUCCCAGACCCAGCCACCAUCUCAGAGCUUGAGCAGAAGUUAGUGGAGGCAGGUGUGGAAGCUAACCAGCUCAAAGAAAAACUCUCAUUGGCUGAAGAGGAAGUGGAAAGCAGAAAAACACAAAUCAGUAGAGCUCAGAUGGACCUUAAGUCGCUUCAAGAUUCCCAGCAGGAGCAGAAAGACGCCAACGCACGUCUCAAAGAGAAACUCUCACGAUUAGAGGCUCAGCUGCAGACCAGCGCCACAGAGAGCUCAGAGGCAGAGCUCACCCUCCACUCUGAGGUGAGAAGCCUGAGAACUGAGCUAGAUGAGGCCAAGAGAAAAGCCUCCAGACUGAGCCAGGAGCACCGUGAACUUAGCCUGCGCCUGGAGGAUACAGAGAAAGAAAAGGAGACACUCAGACAGAGCGUCAACCAGCUGGAAGAAUCCAAACGGCAGCAUGAUAGAGUUCUGGAGAAACUCAACAAAGAGCACGAGUCUCUGACCAUGUCCUCAAGAGAGGAGGCACAGGCUCUCAGGGUUCAGCUGGAGGAGCAGAGAGACAGAGCACGCAAGGAAAUGCACGAGGUGCAGCGUCAUGGAAACGACGCUCAGACUGAGCUCGAAAGAAGCCACACAAAUCUAAAGAGACUGGAGGAAGAAAUGUCACGACAGAAGAAGGAGAUCCUGCUUGUGUGUGAGGAGAGAGACAACCACCAGCUGGAUAAAGAGCUUCUCACCAACAGACUGCGCCACCUUGAGGGAGAGAUGGAGGCCAGCAAAAACAACCACAACGAGAAAACCCGGGAGAUCCGGAUCCUGGAGGACAAGCUGAAGCGUAUGGAGUUGGAGCUGGAGGAGGAGAGAAGCAGCGCGGAGAUGCUGACGGAGCGGGUGACGAGGAGCAGGGACCUGAUCGAUCAGCUCCGCUCUGAGCUCAUGCAGGAGAGGUCUUCCAAACAGGACCUGGAGCUGGACAAGAACACCAUGGAGAGACAUCUGAAGGAGCUGAGGAGUCGUGUUGUUGACAUGGAGGGCCAGUCUCGCUCCUCAGCCGGAGUCUCUCAGCUGGAGAACAAGAUCCAGGAGCUUGAAGAACGCCUACGCAGCGAGGAAAGGAGGAAAACUCAGGCAGCAAUGCGUCCAGCUCUGGAUUCAUCAGCCCUGAGUUCAGAUGACGACAGCUUCUAUGAACCGACCACCAUCACCUCCAUCCUCACUGAGGGCAACCUCCAGACCAGCUCCUGUUGA